AAACAGACGAGGUCGUUUAAAGAGCCACGCACCAAUUCUUAUUUGUUAUGUCCUGACUAAAAAAAGAGAAAUGUGUGCUGCUGACAUAGGUCUAACGACAUUUCGCGAGACGUGAAUGCGGUUGAGGUCGUUCGUCGCCUGGGUGGUUAGCUAACGUCUGUAGCAGCUCGGUGAAGGGAACUACCCUAGAUUCCGAACAGACAGGAGACGUCAUCAACAUUUUCCUGUAUUUAAAUGGUUGCGUAUGAAGAGGUCAUUGCAGGAAAAGCGAGAUUAGACGGAAAAAGACCAAGGUGAAAGCCAGGAGUGAGCUAAAAACUUACUGGGCGUCCUAAAUGGGGGACUACGGCUUUGGAGUUCUGGUGAAGAACGGCAGCGGUAACAAAUCUGCUUUCCCUGUUCGGAUUCCUCCUCACCUACAAGCCCAGCACCCUCACCACCCUUCAAGCCCCCCCAGCCCCCCUUCCUUUGUAAACAACACCUGCUCCACCAAUGGGGGCAGCGCUUGGCUGUUUCCUACCAUAGCGCAGCACAGUAACAUGCAAGAUGAGAUUCUGGAGUCUGACAAGUCCAAGGCCUUGGACCUUCAAGACAUGCAAGAGAAGUCCCAGGUCCAAGCCCAGCCUCAGGCUCUGUCUCCCAGCCAGCAGGAGGCUGGAGGAGGUCUAGCAGAGCUUGAAGGAGCUCUCUCUGAAGAUGGCUCAUUGGAGAAGGGUUCACUGGAGAGCAGCAGUGGGAAGGAGAAGUUAAGAAUGGAGUCCCCAGUGUUGAGCACCUUUCACGAAUACCAGGACAACCUGGGGAUGGGUACAAGCUGUGCACAGUCCAUUUCUUCCUCAUCUUCACUGACCACCUUUAACAACUGGUCCCCUGCCGUCCCAUCUACCCAGUCUCCAGUGAUCGGGGAAGAUGUUGGAGGGUUUUUUGGUCCUGCUGGCUCCAACUCAAAUGGUCCUCCUCUCCUGUUUCCGAACUUCUCUCACCAUGCUGGCCCUGGUUUUGGUGUAGGAGGUGGUUUCUCGCCUCAGAUUGGACCAGUGUCCCAACAGCACCCUCCUGCGCCCCACCCCCACAAUCAAGGUGUUCCACAGCAACACCGACGCUCCUCAGCUAGUCCCCACCAACCCCAGCCUUCCUUUCCACUGCAUCCCCAUCGUGCUGGGCCCUUCACCCAGCUGUCACAUCUGGCUUCUGCUCAGAGCAAACCCCCCUCACCUUGGGGUAGCUACCAAAGCCUGUCUACUCCCACAUCCACCUCUUGGAGUCAGGGUGGCUACGGAGGCUGGGGGGGAACACAGGGGGUUCGAGAGUACAGGCGGGGCGUUGGGGGAGGGGUGGCUGGCCUGAACUCCUUCUCACCACUGAAAAAGUCUUUCCCCAACAACCAGGUUCCUUCACAAAAGUUCCCCAGAAAUUCUUCUGGCAUCAACCACAAAGGAUGGGUGGAGGACGGCAUGAGCCGCAGUGAUGGUGUUUAUUCUUUCCAGCAGGACAGAACGCGGUCUUUUGACGGGUUCAGCAUGCACUCUCUGGAGAACUCUUUGAUUGACAUUAUGAGGGCUGAGCAGGAUUCCUUAAAAGGACGCUACAGCUUCUCUCAUCAGGGUGGAGAUGUGACUCUGCCUGUGAAUGCAAGAAGUUAUGGCAGAAGACGAGGUCAUUCAUCCCUCUUCCCCAUGGAGGAUGAGCGCCCCUUUGGAGAGGAUGAGUCCGGUGACCAGGGCCUUGCUGGACUCGGUUCAGCACACUGUUUCCCUCACCUCAACGGUGAACGCGUGGAGCGUUAUUCACGCAAAGUGUUUGUUGGAGGGCUUCCCCCAGACAUAGAUGAAGAUGAAAUCACUGCCAGUUUCCGCCGAUUUGGUCAUCUGUUUGUAGACUGGCCUCACAAGGCAGAGAGCAAGUCCUAUUUCCCACCAAAAGGAUACGCUUUCCUGCUGUUUCAAGAUGAGAGCUCUGUUCAGGCUCUGAUCGAUGCUUGCAUUCAGGAAGAUGGCAAACUUUACUUGUGUGUCUCCAGCCCCACCAUCAAAGACAAGCCAGUCCAGAUCCGUCCCUGGAACCUUAAUGAUAGUGACUUUGUGAUGGAUGGCUCUCAACCUUUGGACCCAAGGAAGACCAUCUUUGUGGGAGGUGUUCCCCGCCCCCUACGUGCAGUUGAGCUUGCCAUGAUCAUGGAUCGCCUGUAUGGGGGAGUGUGUUACGCUGGGAUCGACACAGACCCAGAACUCAAGUAUCCAAAAGGUGCAGGGAGGGUGGCAUUCUCCAAUCAGCAGAGCUACAUUGCGGCCAUCAGUGCUCGGUUUGUUCAGCUGCAGCACGGGGAGAUUGAUAAACGGGUGGAAGUGAAGCCAUAUGUCCUGGAUGACCAGCUGUGCGAUGAGUGCCAGGGCACUCGCUGCGGUGGGAAGUUUGCUCCAUUCUUCUGCGCUAAUGUGACCUGUCUGCAGUACUACUGUGAGUACUGCUGGGCAGCCAUCCACUCUCGGGCCGGCCGUGAGUUUCACAAGCCGCUGGUGAAGGAGGGGGGGGACCGACCACGACACAUCUCCUUCCGAUGGAACUAACGCAUACGGGGAGGUUGCGGCGGAAGAUUGAGGGAGGGGCUAAAUUAGGGAUGGGGUAUGGGUUGUGAAAUGAAAAAUAAAUGCACUUUUCUUUUAAGUUAAAAAUAAUAUUACUAAUUUAUAUUUUAUGUUAUUUUUUUAAUUGGGCCAUUUAAAAAAAAAGAAAUGCUGAAAAAAAGAGUGAAAUCCCAUUUCUGUUUUGACUUUAGGUGUGCACGAGCAUAUGGAUGCAUUAGAUUUGAAUUUAUAUCUUUAUUUUUCCUUACCUGAGUGUACUUUUUCUGGUUUGGCAAAGCUGCUUACAUUUUAGUUAAAAGUAACAAAACUAUGGUGAGGUUCCUUAUACUUAAAUCAUAUUGUCAACAAUGGAAGUUGAGUUUAAAGAAGGGUGCAUUUUUUUUCUUACUUUUUGCUUGCAAAAUUGGUGGACAACGGUACAAUUUACCAAAGGUUGAAUGCAAAUGGUUGGAACUCUGGUUUUGGAUGGAUGGAUUAUUGAAUUUUUCAAGUAGAUUAGUGUGCAUCACCUGGCCACGCCACUAAACAAAUUCUUCCCUCAGCUUGGCACACAGGUUUAGAUUGUUGGCAUGAUCUUGUAGGUCUUGGUUUACGAGUUAACACUUUGUAACCAGAAAGAGCAAACCAAAGAUUGGCCUAAACGUUACCAUAAGCGGUCAUUGAGCUGAGGGGUUUUGGUUCACAGGCGUCCUCUUCUCAUACAGUAGAGGAAUGACCAUUUGGGUUUCAGCUGACAGAGACACGGCCCUCAGGGCUCAGGUAUUGGCAGUAGUAUUUAUUCACUUUAUAUAGUCAGGGAUAUUAGCACUGGAAGCUAACAUACUAAUGUUGUACUAACUAAUGGGAAUGCACAGUCCAGUCUCCCCUGAGCUGUCCUCAUGGUGUACCACUGCACGCUCUGCUGUGACCGGAGCUUCUACCACCAAGUGUUGUGGUUGGAAAACGGUAGUAGCUUGAAUUUACUGUCACAGAGAUAAAGAUAUUAUUUUAUACAUGGCCUGCUGAUUUUUGUACAGUGUUUUAUAGCUGAUUAUUUUGUCAUGAACAUAUAUACAUUUAUUAUGCACUACUUUUUCUAAAUAUUUUUUUCAAUAGUCAUUUUAGGCACAUUUUUCACAAAAUGGGAGAACUCCUUUUGCAAUACCUCAUUUUUUUCACUUGGUGGAAAAAUAAUUUUGUACCUUUUUGUUACUAAGAGAUCUGCAUUUAUUGUAAAAUUUAAUUUAAAGAAAAGUGAUUAAUAUAAGUUUCGAUUAGCUUUUAUAUAUUUAAGUGCUGGUAAAUCUGAAAAUCGUCUGGUGCAUUGAUGUGAUUCUGUGGAUUAAAAAAAAUCAGCAGAAAAAAAUAAGACUGGUGUAGCCAGUAGUAUACACGUGUUCUCCUCUUCUAAUUAACGUUAUUACAGGAUCCUAAGGCAUGGCAAGACCUUUCUAAACUGAUUUUGAUAGUCUUGAGUAUAAAUACCCUGAUAUUUUGCUCCUAGUUGUAGUCCGUAUCAUUACCAUUAGGGUAGAUGUUUUGGCUUUUGGUCGAUGUAAAAUCUUCCUUUCUACAACCGGAGUUGAUAUCAGCUGUUUUGAAUUUUUUUUAGAUCUUUCUGAAACUGCCUGUAAGUUCUACUUAUUCUUGGCAUGCAUACGAGAUAACAUGGCUAUAACGCAGGACCUAAUGUAAUGCACUAGAUCUCCUUUCUGACUUUCUUUUCCUCAUCUCCUUUGAGAUUGCCUCUCUCGUAGCCUCUCUUUUCACAACGGAGUCUGCCUUCCUUACACAGGCGUGAUGUUUAUGCAAUAUACACCGUGACAACACUUUGGACGUGUUUCGUAACAUGGAGGACACUCGGUAAAGCAUAAGUGACGAGACACUUGACCCACCCACCCACCCCUCUCUCUUUUGUGAUGUGGCAUGCUUUGGGACAUAACCUGAAUGUUAUUUAAUGUUGCAAGUUAACUUUGAGCCAUUAUGUGCAAUACUUACUAUUCUUUGCAGAAACAGUUCUCCGCAGUGUAAGUCAUUUGAUCAUAUAAAUCAUGCAGUCUUUUACACUUUGAUUUUGUUAGUUUCUCAUGCUGAUGUCUGCAAAAGAAGAAAAAAGUUUAUACUACAAUUAAUUUUCUAAACAUUAGUUUUGUGCUUAUCAGCUUAUUUUGCUAUUACCAUGCUACUGUGAUUGAAAACAUUGUAUAUAUAUCCUAGGUCGAUUUAUUGUAAUUUAGCGUUUGCUCUAUUUUCCAACAGAAAUGUCUAAUCAUUUAUUUUGAUCCGAGUUACUUUUGUUUUGGGGUGAAGUGUUGAACUUGAUGUGUCUAGUUUUUCUAAUUGCUGUAAACGUGCUCCACCAUUUUCACAUGAAAACAACAUUGAUUAUGUCUUAGCAUGACUUGAUUGAAAUAUGUCAAUAGUUUUUAAUUGAAUGCUGGGAAGGUCAUAUUUAUUUAUUGUUUUUUUGUUUUUUUACCAGAUAUCAUUUUUGAUUUUUACUAAGUCAUUUCACAUUUAUUUGUAAGUUCUGAUUUUUAUAUAUUUUUUUCUUCCUGAUUUCUUUACGCUACAAUACAGACAUCAGUUUUUAUAGUUGGUUUGUAGUAUUGAAGUAAAACAAAGACCUAAAGUCAUGAAUUGAUUUGCUGCCAACUGUUUGUAACUGUAUGCAUACAUUUGAAGUAUUUGUAAUGUGAGAUGUUGAACAAAUAAACAGCUGUGAGGAAGAAAAUCA